AUGCUGCUAUGGUUUCUUGUCUUGUCUGCUUUGGAUCUCGCGGCCUGGGGGGAUUCCCUGGAGUUAUCCUGGAAUGAGACCCAAGCCAGGGGGCUGUUACAGGAACUUCUGGACCUGUUUGUUGGCAUCUCACAGCUCAUUCACACAGGUCGCAAUGGUGUGCCCACCAUUGUCUCCCGCAAGGAGUGGGGAGCGAGAUCCCUAACCUGCAGGGCCCAGCUGACCCGGCCUGUGGCCUAUGUCAUCACGGACCAGAUCACGGGGAUGGAAUGCGAGGAGCAGAAAGCGUGCAGUCAAAAGCUGAGGGGCCUGCAGUCCCGUUCCGUCUACACCAAAGGCUGGUGUGAUGUGGCCUACAACUUCCUGGUUGGGAAUGAUGGCAGGGUGUAUGAAGGUGUUGGCUGGAACAUCCAAGGCAUGCACACCCAGGGCUAUAACAACAUCUCCCUGGGCCUCGCAUUCUUUGGGAAUAAUCUAGGCAGCAGUCCAAGUCCCACUGCCUUAUCAGCCGCAGAGGACCUGAUCUUCUAUGCCAUAAAGAAGGGUCACCUAUCACCCAGGUAUAUUCAGCCACUUCUCUUGAAAGCAGAGAGCUGCCUGGUCCCUCAUCAGCCACUGAUGCCCAGGAAAGCUUGCCCCAACAUCAUCACAAGGUCAGCUUGGGAAGCCAGACAGACACACUGCCCUGCAAUGAGUCUCCCAGCCAAAUAUGUUGUCAUCAUCCACACUGCUGGGGCAACCUGCAGCAUAUCCAUGGACUGCCGGAUCCGUGUCCGAGAUAUACAAUCUUAUCACAUGGACACACGGAACUUCUGUGACAUCGGAUAUCACUUCCUGGUGGGCCAGGAUGGUGGUGUGUAUGAAGGAGUUGGCUGGCAUACCCAAGGCUCUCACACAUACGGAUACAACGAUAUUGGCCUAGGAAUUGCCUUCAUAGGCAACUUUGUAGAAAAACCACCAAAUGCUGCAGCGCUGGAGGCAGCUCAGAACCUGAUCCAGUGUUCCGUGGUCAAGGGACAUCUGGUCCCCAACUACCUGCUGGUGGGGCACAGCGAUGUGACCAACAUUCUAUCUCCUGGACGGGCUUUGUACAACAUCAUUAAGACUUGGCCUCAUUUCAGACAAUAA